UUUAAAGAGUCCAGGAGGCCUUUGUAGCACUUCUCAAGUGCCAUUCAUUUUCUAGAGUGCCAAUUGGAGAACAAUUACUUUUGAAGUGGGCGGCCAGAGCACGAGUUAUUUGAACUUCAUCGCUACAUUAAAAUAAUAAUUCUCUGCACCAGGGGAGAUAACUACACAUUAACAACUUGACUACAAAACUAGAGAGCAGGAUGCUAAAGAGGAGAAAAAACUAAGAGCCAUGGGCAAGGGAAGGAGUGAAUGAGAGAGAAAAAGAUGAAUGGGAAGAAGACGUGGUUCUAAGAUUUGAUUGGUGUAAAGGAAGCAGUAGAUUACCAGGAUGCUUCUGAACAUAACACAGUGGCUUGUGGCUGCCACAUCUCCAAGCCGAGGCACUGAUGAUUCCAAUCUGUUUGUGGCAACACUAAUCUCAGAGAGAUAUGGGAAGCAAACCAGUAGAGAAGCUCAUUGCUGGGAGGUUGGAAAGUUAAAUGCCUCACUGCGUUGUGACUUUAUCAGAAAUACCUCAGACUGCCACAAUACAGAUGGAUAUGUAAAUUACCUGGAGGGGGCAUUCUGUACCUUCCCUACCUCUCUGUUUCCUCUUGCUGUUUUCCUGUAUGUUCUGUGGCUCAUCUACCUCUUCAUUAUUCUCGCAGUGACUGCAGAGAAAUUCUUUUGUCCUAAUUUGUCAGCAAUCUCCCACAGCUUAAGACUGUCCCACAACGUGGAUGGUGUUACUUUCUUGGCAUUUGGGAAUGGUGCACCUGAUGUGUUCAGUGCAGUGGCAGCAUUCUCUGACUCCAGGACGGCAGGCUUGGCUAUCGGGGCACUGUUUGGUAUGACCCUUUAUAAUAUUAUGCAUAUGUAA